AUGGGGCAGCAACAUGGGCGGGCGUUGGGUAGCUGGUUAGGCUGUCCGAUUUCCGGCCGCACGCGCUCUUUUUUUCUAGGCUACCAGAAGGCGAGAAGGCCGCAAUCCGUGGUGGGAGCGAGGGCCCAGGAACAGGUUGGAAAGAUGCAAGGAAAUAAAGGCUUUAACAUGGAGAAGCAAAACCAUGCUCCAAGAAAACAGCAUCAGCAACAACAUCAACAACCACCUAUUCCUGCUAAUGGACAGCAGGCCAACAGCCAGAAGCGACUGUGUACCUUAUUCCCCUCAGAUGAAGGCCUCACUAUUGACCUGAAGAAUUUCCGGAAACCUGGUGAAAAGACAUUCACCCAGAGGAGCCGCCUCUUUGUGGGGAACCUGCCCCCAGAUAUUACUGAGGAGGAGAUGAGAAAGUUGUUUGAAAAGUAUGGGAAGGCAGGUGAAGUCUUCAUACACAAGGACAAAGGCUUUGGAUUUAUCAGGCUGGAAACUCGCACUCUAGCCGAGAUUGCGAAGGUAGAACUAGACAACAUGCCUCUCCGUGGGAAGCAGCUAAGAGUGCGCUUCGCAUGCCACAGUGCAUCACUGACUGUCAGAAACUUGCCUCAGUUUGUGUCAAAUGAGCUCCUGGAGGAGGCCUUCUCUGUGUUCGGCCAGGUGGAAAGGGCUGUGGUUAUUGUGGAUGACCGAGGAAGAUCGUCUGGGAAAGGCAUUGUGGAGUUUUCAGGGAAACCUGCUGCUAGGAAAGCUCUGGACAGAUGUAGUGAAGGGUCUUUCCUGCUAACCACAUUUCCUCGGCCUGUCACUGUAGAGCCAAUGGACCAGUAUGAUGAUGAGGAGGGACUGCCGGAGAAAUUGGUCAUCAAAAACCAGCAGUUUCACAAGGAGCGUGAACAGCCUCCUAGGUUUGCACAGCCUGGUUCUUUUGAGUACGAGUAUGCCAUGCGCUGGAAGGCUCUAAUAGAAAUGGAAAAGCAGCAGCAAGAACAGGUGGACCGCAACAUCAAGGAAGCACGUGAGAAGCUGGAAAUGGAGAUGGAAGCAGCUCGCCAUGAGCACCAAGUUAUGCUCAUGAGGCAAGACUUAAUGAGACGCCAGGAAGAACUAAGGAGAAUGGAGGAACUGCAUAACCAAGAAGUGCAGAAACGUAAACAGCUGGAGCUCAGGCAGGAGGAAGAACGCAGGCGCCGUGAGGAGGAGAUGAGGCGGCAGCAGGAGGAGAUGAUGAGACGCCAGCAAGAGGGCUUUAAAGGGAAUUUUGCUGAUGCGAGGGAGCCACCGGAUAUGCGCAUGGGACAGAUGGGCAUGGGAGGUGCCAUAGGUAUGAACAAUAGAGGGGCUAUGGGUGCCACCACUGUCCCCGCCGGUGCACCUCCUGCAGCUGGUCCUGGAGCUAUGAUGCCUGAUGGAGCCAUGGGAAUGACACCGCCACCGCCCACUGAUCGCUUUGGCCAGGGCAGCGCAAUGGAAGGACUUGGAGCUAUGGGAGGAAACCCGCCUGGCUUCAACAGAGGAAAUCCUGGGGGGGACUUUGGCCCUAACAAACGUCGUCGAUACUAACAGGAUUAAGCUACCCCCUACCAACCCCCCAAAGAGGAAAGGAAUCUUGGCAGGCCACAUAGGGUUCUACUUGGGGGUGACUGUUCAUGGUAGUUUUAAUUAGGGCCUGCUUUGGCAAAGCCACUCUAGGAAAAGGGGAGUGCAGUCUGACUGGUAAAGGUUUUAGUAAAUUUAAUAUGGUGCAUUCCUAUAAUUUCAAUGUGAAAAGUGGAUUCUGGGAGGCUUCAGUAGCUGUGCAGUAAAAGUAAGACCCGAUAGAACCCUGAUGCCUUUACCAUUCCAUGUUUCCUACAUGCAGCUGCAGUCCUGAGACUAACUUAGAUACAAUCAGAGUAUUAGCAUUCGUCCAGUACGGCUCCUUUGAGAGCACAGGCAAGUCUCUGGAGAACUAAGGCAGCACUUGGAUCUUUUGCAGCCCUCAGCGGCUCUGUAAAUUUAUAUAGCUCCAAAUGACCCAUCAUGUAGUGAAACCAGGAGGGUUUUAUGUUUUUUAACUUGUAGUUUUUACUUUUUCCCUGGACCAUUUAUUUCUUUAAAGUAGUGGACCGUCAUGUGCAGCCUGAAUGGCUGGAAGGCUCUUGAUUGAAUGGAUCUUUGAUAUGUGUUGUACCGCUGUUUAUUUUUACUGGUAGUAAAGUACAAUCUAUUGGACAAAGAUACUGUAUCUCAUGCUGAAGACUUAACUGAAACUAUUGUUUGUAUAACCUUAAUCUUGCUUGUCUAUUGUGUAGAACUACUACAAGAUUUUCGUUUAGUGUAAAUUGUUUGAACACGAGCUGUAAUCGUCCCACUAACAAGUUUGAGUUUGUCUGAGGAAUGUUACAGGAAUGCAUUAUUAAAGUGGAUUUUAAGCCUUUUUU